AUGUCUUACUUUCUCAUCGCUUCCGGCCUGCUUGCGGGCGUGGCCCAGGCCUACACCCAGGUCAACGUCGCCUCGGCCUUCAUGACCAAGAACAUCGACCCCAUCGUCUUCCCGGGCCAGUACGACAAGUCUCACUUGCACUCCUUCUUCGGCUCCGACGCCGUCACCGUCAACACCAAGACCAGCGCCGAGCUCCAGAAGGGCUGCACCAACGCCGAGAACCCCAACGACCUGUCCGUCUACUGGAUCCCGACGCCCCUCUACACCACGGACGGCGGCAAGACGUACGAGCCCAUGCCCGUGUCGCGCUUCAGCGCCUACUACAACCUCGGCGAGACCCCGGCCGAGGUCGCCAUCCCCCAGGACGUCCAGAUGGUGGCCGGCGACGCCAAUGCCCAGACCAAGUCCGCCAUGCCCGCCGAGGCCCAGGCCGAGUGGUUCUGUGAGAACGGCGGCGGCGAGAGCCUCGACGCCAACGGCUUCCCCAGCUCGACCUGCGGCACCCACCUGCAGCAGCUCCUCUACUUCCCCCAGUGCGUCAACACCGAGACCCUCGAGACGGCCUACAAGGACCGCCGCGGCGGCAGCUGCCCGUCCGGCAUGAAGUCCAUGCCCCAGCUGCGCUUCUCCAUCCGCUACGACCUGCGCAAGGUCCUCCCCAAGGGCUGGAGCGGCACCGCGCCCUUCAAGCUCGCCUGCGGGCCCGCCUGGUGCUCCCACGGCGACUUCAUCAACGGCUGGACCAAGGAGGCCGCCGAGAACAUGGUCGCCACCACCAAGGAGAAGCAGAAGUUCUCCGCCGUCAACGGCGGCCUCGGCGACUACAAGUCCGGUCCCACCUGCAAGUCCGCCGACGCCGACCCCUCCCACGGCACCGGCGACUACGCCGAGAGCGUCGCCGCCAUGAGCAAGCGCGACGUCGAGUCUUGGGGGUGGUCCACCAAGUCGCGCUUCGUCCGCGCCUGA